AUGGUGCUUGAGUUGCCACCCGCGCAUUGCAAGUUGAAGAUUUCUUUCCACUGGACAUUGGCCACUGGACGCACCGGCUUGAGUCCUAUAUUGCUGAAAGGAUUCUCCAAAGAUGGUAUGCUCGCGAAUGCGACGCGGGAGAUGAUCGAAAAUAACGGCGCAAUCUUGCAAAAGAACAACUCUAAGGUACUGGAGCAGCCUGAGAAAACCCCGUACAGCCAAAUUGUCUUCCCAAUUGUGGUCUAA